GAUAUAGAUCAGAUGGUGACUGAAUAGAAGCUGUCCCAGUGCUGGGUCCAUGAUGUAUGCACCAGUUGAAUUUUCAGAAGCUGAUUACCCACAAGUUGAAUAUCAAAGAAGACAGCAAUUUUGGGACCCUAUUAGGCUAGCGCUGUUCACAUUGGCAAUUGUAGUAAUCAUAGGCAUCGCAAUUGGUAUUGUUACUCAUUUUGUUGUUGAGGAUGAUAAAUCAUUUUAUUACAUUGCCUCUUUUCAAGUCACAAAUAUAAAAUACAAAGAAAAUUAUGGAAUGAGAACCUCAAGAGAGUUUACACAAAGGAGUCAUCAGAUUGAGAGGAUGAUGUCUAGGAUAUUUCAGCGUUCUUCUGGAGCAGGUCGGUUUAUCAAAUCUCAUGUUAUCCAAAUAAGUCCAGAUGAAAAUGGUGUGAACAUUCUUGUGGUGCUCAUGUUUCGAUACCCAUCUACUGGUAGUGCUGAACGAAUCAGGACAAAAAUUGAGAAUAUUUUAUAUCAAAGUCUAAAGACAAAACAGUUGCCUUUGACUAUAGACAAACCAUCAUUAACACUCACACCUAUCGACAGCAAAAAGAUGAGAAAUCUUCUCAACAGCCGCUGUGGAAUAAGGAUGACAUCUUCAAACAUGCCAUUACCAGCAUCUACUUCUACAGAAAGGAUUGUCCAAGGAAGGGAAACAGCUAUGGAAGGAGAGUGGCCAUGGCAGGCCAGCCUCCAGCUCAGAGAUGCUGGUCAUCAGUGUGGAGCCAGCCUCAUCAGUAACACGUGGCUGCUCACAGCAGCUCACUGCUUCCGCAAAAAUAAAGACCCAAGUCAAUGGAUUGCUACUUUUGGUACAACUAUAGCACCACCUGCAGUACAACGAAAUGUGGGGAAAAUUAUCCUUCAUGAAAAUUACCAUAGAGAAACAAAUGAAAAUGAUAUUGCUUUGGCUCAGCUCACUACUCGAGUUGAGUUUUCAAAUGUAGUCCAGAGAGUUUGCCUCCCAGAUGCAUCUAUGAAGUUGACACCUAAAACAAGUGUGUUUGUUACAGGGUUUGGAUCCAUUGUAGAUGAUGGACCUACACAAAAUAAACUUCGGCAAGCCAGGGUGGAAACCAUAAGCACUGAUGUAUGUAACAGAAAAGAUGUGUAUGAUGGCCUGAUAACUUCAGGAAUGUUAUGUGCAGGAUUCAUGGAAGGAAAAGUAGACGCAUGUAAAGGUGAUUCUGGUGGACCUCUGGUUUAUGAUAAUCAUGACAUCUGGUACCUUGUUGGUAUAGUAAGUUGGGGACAAUCAUGUGCUCUUCCCAAAAAACCUGGGGUCUACACGAGAGUGACUCAGUAUCGAGACUGGAUUGCUUCAAAGACUGGUAUCUAGUGAGAAUUGUUUAUGAAUUAUAUUUGUGGCACAUGGAGCUAAAAACUUCUACAUAUCGUAUAUUAUUUAUAUUCAUGUGGUUUGGAUCAGUGCUUUUGCUGGAUGUCAAGAAAUUCUUUAAACUCAGACCAAUCUAAUAUUUGAGGUGGCCUUUGUGACUAAACUCUCUUUCUACCCUGAGGGAAGAAGACACAGCAAAUGACAGGUAACACUGAUUCCUCAUUCACAAGGGAAACUGUUUGUGAUACUUAAUAAUAAAAUGAAUAUUUAUAAAUGGUUUUCCCCAAUGGAAGACGGGGAACAUCAUUUUCCACAGGAUAUGAAGAGCUUCCAGAGCUGCUGAAAAUCUUACCUCAUAUACUACCUGAAGCACUUGAGAUUCUUCUAGCAAAAAAUCAAACAAUAGUCUUCCCUGAGGAUUCAGGACUUCAAUAUUCUAGCACAAAUGACUGGACACAUUCAAUGACUAGAAUGGAGAAGCAUGAGAUUUGCAAUAUAACUUGAACUCUAACCUGGGUUUAUAAAUAAUAACGGAGCAUUAUUAUUAACCACAAGAAUUGCCAUUUAAAAGAUGUUUAAAUGUAUCUGAACUUGCAGUUAAUAUUGCUUUAAAUACACAAGCACUAGUUUCAGGAUGCACGUCGUAUUGUUAAUAGGCAUUUCUGACUUAUUCUGAACAGCAUC